AUGAAAGGUGAUACGGCAGCCGCAGAACUGGCCGAGGACAUCAACGCCAUUCUCGCCUUAUCCCUCCAAGCCUUCACUAUCCGCAUGAAGACGACCGACAGCUUCAAUGGAAAGUCCGUCGCCCAGUACCAGCCGGGCAAGAACUGGCUGGCUCAUCAUGAAGUCACUGACGCUGAGAGAGAGGUCCAGGAUCGGACCACGAGUCUUUGGGACAUGACCGCACGGCAGAUGAACAAGAACAAAGACGAACAAGACGGAAAGAGCGAGACUGGAAAACCUUUCAAAGACACCGUCACAGCACGGCUGUUUCUGGCGCACCCAAUGUGCCGUAAAUACCGGUACGGAGAAUUUGGCGAUGAGGACUUCGCCAUCACGCCGACAGACGCCGGACUCUCUGCCGAGAAGAUGGCAGAGCUCGCUGCCGAGAAGAUGGCAGAGCUCGCUGCCAAAUUCAACACAAGUGAGGCACAAGUGCUGAAGAGCACAGCAAAGACCAACCGCGCGUAUGUGCAGGAAUGCACCAAGAAAGCCUGGGUCUGCUCCUCCCGCAUGGUGGCAUUCGUCAAUGUUGUCAAGAGUCAUCGCAGGAACUUCAACGAGGGUGCAAUCUUGGUCUUUGCAGAGUUCUUGUCUGCGCUGGACGUUGCAGAGAAUGCACUCAAAGAGGCGUUCCAAGGACGAGAAGCUCUCCGAGUUGCCAGGUUUGAUGGAACGGUAGCAUUGAAGAAGUGCACGGAAAUUGUCAAGGACUUUGAAGAGGGCAAGUUCGAUAUCAUGUUCAUAACCAGCCGAAGCGGUGGUGUCGGACUGACCCUGAUCAAAGCAAAUGGGAUCGUACACCUUAUACCUACCUGUAACCCACGUCUGUGGGACCAAUGGUCUAACCGAUCUAUCCGCAUUGGGCAGACUCAAGACGUCCAGAUGUACCACGUGUACGCUGACAGCAGCAUCGAGCAGAGAAUAUUCCUGAAGCAACGCCAGAAAUCCCGCAAGGCUUCCAAAGUCGUCGACCCCGACGUGACUCUGCAGCGCGAAAUGGGAGGAAAUGCCUCGUGGGACUUUGAUCAGUUCAGAUAG